AUGGAGCAACAUCCCACCGUCUCGUCAAACUCGAAAGAUAACACUGGGGGGCCGAGCAACGCGAGUAAAGCUACGGAGAAACCCCAGUGGAAGCUUGCAUCACAGAAGGAGGACAGCGAGUCCGCCGCUGUUGACAGCCUUGCGGAGCUUGCGAAACAAAACGUCGCCCCCUUCCUCGCUAAAUACCAGCCCCGGCAGUAUGCCCCUCUCCGAUCGGAGGACGGCGAGCCCACCGUGCCUCGCCUGGCCAACGCUGGCUACUGUUAUCGUCAUCAGCCAGAUUCGAAAUGUCGGCGACAGGCCGACGAACAGUCUAUGCAUCAGCUGCAACGGGAGUUGGAAUCACUGCCGCAAAGUGACCAGCAAGGUAUCGCACAUGUGUGGUCGCUAUUCUCAGCGGCCCCAGCCAAACAGCGAAAGCUGAUGCUGCAAGGCAUUCUCGCCCAAUGCUGCUUCCCCCAACUUUCUUUCAUCUCGGCCAGCGUGCGGGAGUUGAUUCGUAUUGAUUUCUUGACCGCCCUGCCUCCCGAGCUAUCCUUCAAAAUUCUCCGAUAUCUGGACACCGCCUCUCUUUGCCGCGCUGCCCAAGUGUCGCACCGCUGGCGAGCUCUCGCCGAUGACGAUGUGGUAUGGCAUCGGAUGUGUGAGCAGCACAUUCGCCGCAAAUGUAAUAAGUGUGGUUGGGGGUUGCCGUUGCUUGAUCGCAAACGUCUGCGCGAAUCCAAGCGCGAAAUUGAGCUGCGUGCAACCAACUGGGGCAAUCAGUCCUCGAACAGUGCCGGGGAUGGCGCUCCCAAUGGCACUUGCUCCAUCGUCGAGCUUCCCACCACCGGCAAACGCAAGGUGGAUUCCGAUGAACAAAGCUGCGCCAUGAUCAAACGUCACUGCAAGUCCCCUGCAUACAAGCCGGAGCCGGAUGAUGACUAUUUCAAGACGCGAUACAGGCCAUGGAAAGAUGUCUACCGUGACCGUUUCGUCGUCGGCAUGAACUGGAAGCAUCGUCGUUGUUCGGUUAAAGUCUUUCGUGGUCACACCGAUAGCGUCAUGUGUCUUCAAUUUGAGGACAACAUUUUGAUGACGGGCUCCUACGAUGCGACCAUCAGGAUCUGGGAUAUGGAGACCGGGGAGGAGCUCCGGGCACUUCGAGGCCACACGGCUGGGAUUCGAUGCCUCCAAUUUGAUGACACCAAGUUAAUUACGGGAAGUUUGGAUCGCAGCAUCCGAGUCUGGAAUUGGCGGACGGGCGAGUGCAUCUCGAGAUACAAUGGCCACUCUGAAGCCGUCAUUGCGCUCCAUUUCGAUGCCACCCUGCUUGCGUCUGCUUCAGUGGAUCGGACAGUCAAGAUUUGGAAUUUCAAGGACAAGUCGACCUUUGUGCUUCCUCAUCCAAAAGGAGUCAAUGCUGUCAAGAUUGACACUGCCUCCCGCACCGUCCUGACGGCUUGCGAAGAUGGUGCUGCACGUCUCUGGGAUUUGGAUACGAAGACUUGUAUCCGAGUCUUUCACAACCAUAUCGGUGGCGUGCAGCAGGUCAUCCCCUUGCCUCGUGAGAUUGAACUUGAAACCCAUUUCGCCGAAUGCGAGAAUGAUCAUGUUAGCACAUCAUCGCAGAACGGUGAUGCCGUCAAUAUUCUCUCGCCCGUGCUAGAAUCUAGAGCCCUCUCCACACACCACCAGCCUUCCUCCUUCGGCUCCUCCUUUGACCAAGAUCAAGAACGGCUGGAGCCACCUCGCUACAUAAUCACCAGUGGUGUGGAUGCGACUAUCCGACUAUGGGAAACCAACACUGGCCGAUGCCUGCGCACCUUUUUUGGACAUCUGGAGGGUAUAUGGGCCCUCUCGGCCGACACAUUACGCAUCGCCUCCGGAGGCAUUGACCGCAUGGUCAAGAUCUGGGACCCUCGUAUUCCCACUUGCCAGGACACUUAUGACGGGCACUCGGCGGCAGUCAACUGCAUUGGCCUCAGUGACAGCCGCUUCAUCACCGGCGGAGAUGAUUAUCUUGUCCGCAUGUAUGACUUCCGGGCCUGA